CCUUGUCUCGAUCGGACCGCGUUAAUUACCUCUGACGCAUGGGCGUUGGCUGCGAUUACGGCUACUGCAGUAACCUGCCAAGAUACCGUUUUUGUGACCCAAGGCAUUUCCAAAGUGGCCGCGUCGUACCACAGCAUGACCAAGGAGCGCUAUGGCGGCGGCCAUGACCUCGACGUGCUCGCCCAGUCGCGCGUCCAGCUCAGCCUCGACACGCGCACCAGCUCCCACGUCGUCAUCAAGACGCACCCGCGCCGGGCGACGACGGACGACUUGACGCAAGAGAUCGCGACGCAUGCCAUCCUCGGCGCCCACGACCACCUCGUGACGAUGCUCGACCACUUUGUCGUUGAUGGUAGUGCCCACAUCGUGCUCGAGUACUGCAACGGCGGCGAUUUGCUCACUCGGCUCCAGCGCCAACAGCGGUUUAGCCCAACCGACGCAAUGGCACUUGGGCUCGACGUGGCCAAGGGUCUCGCCUGCAUGCACAAGCACGGCGUUGCGCACCGCGAUGUCUCGCUCGAGAACGUCUUUCUUCACGAGGGCAAGUGCAAACUCGGCGACUUUGGUCUGAGCACCGAGCUCACGACCGUGCGGGGCACCGCGGGCAAGCUCAUGUACAUGGCCCCCGAAGUCGCGACGGGCCAUGCGGCGUACGAUCCCAAGGCUGCCGACGUCUGGUCGCUCGGCAUUGUCCUCUUCAUCAUGCUGACGGGCGUGCCCCUCUUUUCGGUCGCGGCCAAAUCCGACAAGCUUUUCCGGGCCGUGCACCGCCAAGGCUUGCUGCCCGUGCUGCGCAUUUGCCAAAAGAAGGGCUUUAUGACUCCCGCGAUCAGCGAUGUGCUCCUCAAGAUGCUCGUGGUGGCCCCGAGUCAGCGUAUGACCAGCGAAGACGUCGUCCAUGCGCUGGAAGGCCUCCAUCUCUCGUGAGCACCCAGUAACUGCCAUCGACGUAUUUAACCGAGUUUAAUCCAAUGCUAUUUCCCAGUCCAA